CUCAGUGUGCCGGUGUCGCAGCGGUGCUCUGUGGAGUCUGUUUAAACUGAAGAUUACGUUUAAUACUGCUCGGGUUUUGCUGAACUUGGCGGACAUUACUUUCCCUGUGGAUGGAUACAGGCUGUGAGAGCUGACAGCGGGACUUUAGAGGAUAAUAUGUUCAGCAGUGCAGAGCAAACUCCAGGGUGGUGAAUCUCUACAAAGUUAUUCCUGUGUUUAAGUGCGAGCAUCCCAGAGGUGUCUUGUGUGUCAUCAGGACCUUGAGACACACCCACAGGCACACACAAACACACACACACUGAUGCUCAGCCCCUCCUUUUUACAGUAGACCUGGCAGACCUCUAACCUCUGAAAGAUUGAUGAGGUCCUGUCCAGGCAGAGCCCUGGCACAGCGUUGAUAAGGCAGCUUUAAUUUCACCACAUUUUUAUCCCUCGGCCAUUCCUUUAUUAUCCUCUCUUCCUCCAUGCUGGGCAAUGCGAGGGCUGGCUUUGAAGGGUGAGAAAGGAGUAUGGCACAUCAAGGCCACUGGGCGAGGAGGACAUUGCUUUAAGAAACAGGAACAAUGAAAUGCCUCGUAAAUGAUAGUUAUUUUUUCCUCAUGUGGGACAGCCGUGUGGUAGCCAAGCAUGAGCCUAGUGUUGGCAUGUCACUGUCAAACUGUUGGAGCUGGAACAUAGUUAAACUACAGAGGGACACUCAGAGCUGAGAGUUGCUUCACGCAAACACACACACACACACACACACACACACACACACACACACACACAGGACAAUGUGCAACAUCUCAUUCUGUAAUGUGGACAGUAAGGUGGACCAGUUCUUCCAGCCCACGCUCUACAUCAUCGUCAUCGUUCUGGGGCUGCCCACCAACUGCAUGGCCCUGUGGGCUGCCUAUAUGCAGGUAAAGCAACGCAAUGAGCUUGGCAUCUACCUGAUCAACCUGUCAGUGGCUGACCUCCUCUACAUCAUCACUCUUCCUCUGUGGAUCGACUACUUCCUGCAGCACGAUGACUGGAUCCACGGUCAGGAGAGCUGCAAAUUGUUCGGCUUCAUCUUCUACACUAACAUCUACGUCAGCAUCGCCUUCCUCUGCUGUAUCUCACUGGACAGAUACCUGGCUGUGGCAUAUCCUCUGCGCUUUGCAAAGGUCCGACGAAUCAAAACAGCGGUCAUGGUCAGCGCCAUGGUGUGGAUUAUUGAGAUCGUAGCAAACUCUGCUCCUCUCUUCCACGAUGAGCUCUUCCAGGACCGGUUCAACCACACGUUCUGCUUUGAGAAGUAUCCCAUGCAGGACUGGGUGGCAGGGAUGAACCUCUACAGGACAUUUCUGGGCUUCCUCGCUCCAUGGACAGCCAUGCUUGUGGCCUACCGUGGGAUUUUAGCAGCAGUGCGCUGCAACGUCUCAACAGAGCGUCAGGAAAAGGCCAAAAUUCAGCGUCUGGCUUUGAGUCUGAUACUGAUUGUUUUGCUCUGCUUUGGACCGUAUCACAUCCUGCUCCUGGUGCGGAGUGUGAUGUUUCUAAAUAAGCCAUGUGACUGCGGCGCAGAGGAGAGCCUGUUUGCAGCCUACCAUGUGUCGUUGGCACUGACCAGCCUCAACUGCGUCGCCGAUCCCAUUUUGUACUGUUUUGUCAACGAGGGGGCCCGGCACGAUGUCGCCCGAGCGCUCUCAGCUUUACUUUCUGCAGCUUGCUUCAAGGGCUCCUCUUCCUCACCAUCGCACGGGGACAUACUCAACGCUGGUUCAGUGACUAUGGAAACGCCGCUGGCAGCAAAGAAGCAGCCUUGUGUAUACGCUGAUGGAGCAAAGACCAGCAGCUACAAGACCGAACUGGUGGCUCUGAAGGAGGAGUGUCUACAGAUGACUAUCCUCAGUGUUAGGAAGACUUAAACCUGAAGCCUGCUGUCAGAGGUCCAAACUCUGUAUCUCAGGGGAUGGAGAAAGCCCUGAGAGGGUCCAAUGUCUUCUGGCCUGAGAUGAGAAGCAUUUUCUGAGGCUGUGUGUGAUUUGCCUCAACAUUUCCAUUAAAUGGCAUUGACAAGCCAGAAGUGUAAUGAGAUUCCUGAAAUAAACAAGACAUAUUGUCUGUUGUCACGGUAGCAGCCUGUGCUAGAUUGAAAUGCUCACACAUCUGAAAGCAAUGUUGUUUUAGUUUGGUCUUAGGUUGGCACUUGGACAUGGUGAGGCAGUAAAAUGCCUCAAUGAUGUGAAUCCAAAAAUUACACAUUCCAAUUCCAGGUUCCAAUUCCAGUUCUGAACUCCAAUUCCAAUUUUGGGUUUCAAUUCCAAUUCUAAAUUCCAAUUCUAAAUUCCAAUUCUAAAUUCCAAUUCUAAAUUCCAAUUCCAAUUCCAAUAAAUGUUUCCACAUUUCAAACAUGACUAUCUUUUGUGCCGCAACAUUUUUAGCACUUCUGACAUUGACAGCUUGUCAGGCUCAGUUCUUUGUUGGUGAUUUGGUUCACAGUUCAUGCUAAUGUUAGCAUGUUAGCAUGCUGUAUCAUCAUCAAUCCCAGAGUGCAACUGAGGCUGACAAGGAGUCAGUCAUAAGCUUUAAAGGAUAUUCUGAAGUAGUGUUUGACCAGAGUUGAAGUGACCUUCUGGUGGCGCUAAAUGAAAAGUCAGGGGAUCACAUAAGUCCUCAGGAUUUAGACCAAAAAUGUCUGUACCAAAUCCAUCCAGUAGAUGUAGAUAUGUCAGUGUGGAGCAAAGUAUUGUACCAACAGAUCAACAGAACAGCUGGGCCAGCAGUUAUUUACAAUGCCAUAGGAAGAUGUGCUUGAAUAUUUAAGUGGAAUUAUUCAAAAAGACCACAUUCUGCAUGGAUGAGUAUUUUUAGUGGGCUGAGAAGAGACACCUCUGAAGUGAGACUGCAUGGACAACCAACCUUGACAAAGGGCACAUUAAGAAGAUUGGGGCCUGACACCCUGAUGCACCACUGUGGAAUAUGGAAAAAGAACAGAAAGUAAUCAAAGAUUGUAUAUUACUGUUCGAUAAAUCGUUUUUUAAUGCUUGUUGGAAAUGUCUUAACCGUUUUGAAUAAAUAUUGAAGCCUAUAAAGUACCUCAGCUUGUUAACUGUGACAGCAAAAAGGCUUAGAGUAGAUGUGUCUCUAAUGUAAUGUGAGCAAUGUUUUUUUCUUCUUUUUUUACCAUAGGCAGCAAAAUAAUCACACUGAAAAAAAGUCAAAAACCAACGCCUGCAUUCAGCUCAAUUUGAAAGUCAAAUGUAUCAGUUUUUUAAACUCCAUUACGUUGAAAGCACUGAAGCGCAGAAAACAACCUCUUCCAACCUCCGAGACAGCAGCCACAGUUCACCGGAUAUCGAUUAGUUCCCAAACUUCCUAAAUAUACUUUUAUACAAAAGAAUGUAUCACAUAAAUUAAACUAAUUAAAUAAAAAGUUUCAUAACUUCA